AUGAGCGAGGUCGACGUUGCUACCAAGCCCACCGAGGCUGUCGAGCAGCCUGCUGCUGCUGCUGCUCCCGAGACCGUUCCCGAGGCUGCACCUAAAGGCGAAACAGAGGCUACUACCGAGGCUACGGCCACUACUGAGGUCACUGCUGACGGCGCUGCUGACGGCGCUGCUGAGGCUGUUCCCGAGGCCGUCGAAACGAGUGCCGCCGCACCUAAUGGUCAGGAUGAAAAGAAGAUUCUCAAGACCACGGCCAAGAUCUCAGAGAACCGCCAAAAGAACAACAAGUUUGACCCCAGCCAGCGCGAGGUCUCGGAUGACCCCGUCGCCAUCCGCAAGCAGGUUGAGUUUUACUUUGGCGACUGGAACUUUCCCCAGGACAAGUUUAUGUGGGAGAACUGUGGCGGCGCCGAGAACAAGCCCAUCGCUGUCGAGAAGAUCCACUCGUUCAAGCGCAUGCGCACUUUCCAGCCCUACAGUGCCGUAGUCGCCGCCCUACGCGACAGCACAUUCCUGGAUGUCGAGGGUGAGGAGGGCAAGGAGACGCUCAAGCGCAAGGUGCCCUACAAACCCCAAGCCGACGCGCGCUCCAAGAACGAGGCCGCGACUGUGUACGUCAAGGGCUUUGGCGACGAGACGCCUCAGACGCAAUUUGACAUGGAGAGCUUCUUUGCGCAGUUUGGCGAGGUCAAGGGCCUAAAGCUGCGCCGCACCCCCGAGGGUCUCUUCAAGGGCUCCGUCUUUGUGACCUUUGCCAACGAAGAGGCCGCCAAGGAGUUUGUCAGCAAAGAGCCCGCCCCCAAGUGGAAGGAACACGACCUCAAGAUUAUGACCAAGAGGGCUUACUGCGAGGAGAAGGCGGAGCUCAUCCGCUCCGGCAAGCUGGAGCCCAGCAGCACCACGAGCAAGAAGUUUUUCGAGGGCCAAGAGGGUGGUAGUGGUGGUCGUCGCCACGGCGGCGGUCCCCGCGACGCGGAUGACUGGAAGAAGCGCCGCGAGCACGACCAGAAGAAUGGGUUCCGUGGCGGACGCGGUGGCCGUGGUGGCCGUGGUGGUCGCGGUGGCCGCGGCCGUGGUGGGGGUGGUUUCCGUGGCGGCCGUCGCGACAAUGAGGAUCGCGGCAGCAAGCGUUCUCGUGACGAUGACAACGGUGUCGAUGAGCCCUCUGCCAAGAAGGAAAAGGUUGACACCGCGGUCGAGGCAUAA